AUGAGUACUACAACACCACAAUAUGUUUUGGUGUAUUGGACGUCUAGCAAGGCCUUUACCGUAUGGUCCAAGGAAUCCAUGGGUAAACUCAAAAGCAAGGCCAAGAAGGGGGAGAAUGUUGAGGUGCUAGAAGGGCAAGAAGGAUGGGUGGUGUGGCCUAAGGACAAAUCUGUCCAUCACUGUCAAAUUCUUCGACUUAGCAGGGACAAGAACUAUCUUGAAGGAUUUACAGUUCUGGAGGACGGAACAGUUCUCCCUCCCAAGAAGCCCUUGCCACCAAAUGCGAUCAAGGCCAAGAAGCUGGACCUAACUCGGAGGAAAAGGAAAGAGAAUGUAAUUCUCAGACAAAGUUCUGAUUUGAAAACUCAAGAACUGUUAAGCUAUAUUGACAAAUCUGGAGUGGAAUCAGUGUUGAAUGGCAAUCAUAAAAGUUCAGGUCAUUCCACAUCAGCAGCAGUAGGUGCAUGGGAUCAAGCAAUGCUGCAGGCUGAUAAUGGACCAGAGUCGCAUACUUCCAUUGUCAAGAGCAAAUUCAAAUCUAGUAAGAGCCACUCUGACCGACCGAAGAGCAGCAGAGCAGCAAAGCCUUCCAAAGUUUCAGAAAACCAGGAGGCAGUAUCAAAGCAACCAACCCCAAGGAAUUCCAUUGCAGUGGAGAGCAGGGUGAGUGCACCAGUUGAGGUGCCCAGUGAAGUGGAGCCUUUUGAGCCUGUGAAAGUGACGGAAGCUAGCUCAAGUAGAGAGACAGAGCGGUGCUCAUUUUGCUUGAAAAGGCAGAGUUUUCCCCCAGGUAUGUAGUUAAUCAUUCACAAUGAAAUUUAAAUCAAAUUUUGUUAAAAUACCUUAAAAUUCAUUAGACACUAAUUUGUUAGAGGCCUAUCCCCACAAAUAAUUAUUGCUUUAUUUUCUAUUCUACUAUCAGUGCCCAAGGAAUUUAUAGGAACUAUGCGCUCAAUUCUGGAAUGGUUCCAUAACAAUGAGGCAGAGGAGGUCGAUGAGAUGCAGGGCUCUACAAACUUCAUGGACGGUGGAAGUUAUCAAGAAGCAGCAUAUGGAAAG